UGUUGUCUUCCUCAACCAGAAGUGCCCUAUCAAGCUAUCAGCCUCCCGCCCGAGUUCAUGGAAGUCAGAGUGUAAACUCAACUAGGUCAAGCAGGAGGAGGCUGUGGUUCUGUGAACGUGAGUUAAUUAAUAGAGCGAAAAAAAUGAAGUUAGCAACUUCAUCAUAUUCAUAUUCCUCAGUUACUCCUAUUCAUUCUGUUUUUCUUCACAAAAACCGUCGCAAAUUGUCAUUUAAUAUAUUUCAGGGUACUUCUUCUUCAACAACCGCAUCCAAUUCCACAUCCACUUCUUCUUCCACUCAAACCCAUCAACUACUAAGCACACCCGCCGCAAUGGUUUCUUCCCUCCGGACCCACCGCCAUGCCCACUAUCCUCCUCCGUGGUUUAGUGUUGCUCCCAUGAUGGAAUGGACUGAUAAUCACUACAGGACUCUGGCCAGGCUCAUUUCAAAGAACGCAUGGCUCUACACUGAGAUGCUUGCUGCUGAAACAAUUGUCUAUCAAAAGGACAAUCUGGACAGAUUCUUGGAAUAUUCUCCAGAACAACAUCCUAUUGUUCUUCAAAUUGGCGGGAAUAAUUUGGAAAACCUGGCCAAAGCGACUGAGCUUGCUGAACCUUACAAAUACGAUGAGAUCAAUUUUAAUUGUGGAUGUCCGAGUCCAAGAGUAGCUGGACAUGGGUGCUUUGGUGCUCGCCUUAUGCUUGAUCCAAAGUUUGUUGCUGAGGCUAUGUCAGUGAUUGCUGCGCACACAGAUGCCCCUGUCAGUGUUAAGUGUCGAAUUGGUGUUGAUGAUCACGAUUCAUAUAAUGAGCUCUGUGACUUUAUUUACAAGGUUUCUUCUCAAUCACCAACUAGGCAUUUUAUAAUACAUUCACGGAAGGCACUACUCAAUGGAAUUAGCCCAGCUGAAAAUCGAAGUAUUCCACCUCUUAAAUACGAGUACUUUUAUGGCCUUUUGCGUGACUUUCCAGACUUAAGAUUUACGAUAAAUGGGGGCAUAAACACUGUUGAUGAGGUCAAUGCAGCUAGAAGGGCAGGAGCUCAUGGUGUAAUGGUUGGACGUGCUGCAUUUCAAAAGCCCUGGCAUACUUUGGGACAUGUUGAUACUGCCAUUUAUGGUGCACCAAGCAGUGGUGUAACACGGCGUCAGAUACUUGAGAAGUUUCAAGUGUAUGGUGAUUCUGCUGUGGGAAAAUAUGGACGCAAACCAACCGUGCGAGAUGUGGCAAGGCCUUUGCUUGGUCUCUUCCAUUCAGAACCUGGGAAUGGUGUGUGGAAGCGCAAAGCUGAUGCUGCUUUCCUGCAUUGCACGACUAUGAAAUCAUUUUUUGAUGAAACGCUUGUGGCAAUUCCUGACCAUGUUCUAGAUUCACCUAUUGGAGAGCCAUCAUCAGGAGGUGAAGAUCCUUUUGCCAAUAUUCAUACUUUGCUGCCUCCAGCGUACGAAUCAAGGGAGCAAGAACUACUAUAUGCCUAGUCUGUAUCUGUUCAAAAUAUCAAGUUUAGGCUAUUCUUUACAUUUUUGGAAUUUAACCUGAUUGAUCCCAUGUAGCAAUAUGUACUAAUAUAUGUCAGUACUCAGUGCACAGUCAGAAAUUUUUUGUUGUGAAGCAGUCAGUCCAUCUUAAAAAUCUUCUGGAUGGUGACUAGCAAUUUUUAUUUUGGGUGCUACAUGUCCUCUCUAAUGAGAACCUCUUAACUUCACGAAUCUGUUACACUGAUUUUUUAAAUAUAUGAUAUGUGCUAUUUUUGC